AUGCACUGUGAGCUGAUUCAAGGCCCUGGUAUAUGGCCGUUGAAACGACGGCAUCCGGGGUAUGUGGGCUGGGGGAGGGGUCGGGUGCCUGGUCGGAAGCUGGCGGACACAAAGGGCACGAAGGAAGCUGGGCAAGUGUACGAGGCCGGACAGAGACAAAGGAUGAGAAGAGUUUACGCUAGCAGGUGGACGAGAUGCCGGACGGCGGCGUCGAAACACUCGUGGAGCUAG